AUAACUAGUAAAUCUUAUAAGGGGCAGAGACGAACCGUAUUUUAUCAAACCUCAAGACAUUUCGCUCAUAACAUGGAUAAUAAAAUCAAAGCACUUGAUGAGCAACAUGAAACAGUCUAUAAGCCCCUAACAUAUGAGAUAUCCGAACCUCAUCUUUUAAAAGACGAUGGAGAGUGCAAGAAAAAGAAUAGUUUAUUUUUAUACAUUUCUUCAAUAACAGCUGACCUUCUGAUGUUUGACUGCGGCUGUAAUUUCACAUGGACUUCUCCGGCCAUUCCAACACUACGCUCGAGUGACAUUGACAUCAAUCCACUAGGAGUACCGGUGACAACUGUACAAGAGUCUUGGAUUGCUGCACUGGUAAAUUUGGGAGCAGCAGUCGGACCGUUAGCUUUCGGAAAAUUUGCCGACGUUUUUGGAAGGACAAAAGUAUUGAUGAUGAUAGCUGUAUUAAAAAUUGUAUCCUACAUCAUACUCGCGUUUGCACAGAACAUAUAUCUUUUUUAUUUGGCUCGGUUUCUCUUAGGGGUAGGUAUGGGGUUGAGUUUUGCUUUAAUGCCCAUGUAUACGGGAGAAAUUUCUGAAGACCACAACAGAGGAAGGUUGGUUUCGAUAAUGGCUGUGCUAACAACAUUAGGGAUGCUAUAUUCACUUGUUGUGGGUCCUCUUUUACCUCUAAAAGCAUUUACUCUUUCCUGUGCUUCCUUCUUAAUAAUUGCUCUUGUUGGUUUUUUGUCUUUUAUUCCGGAAUCGCCAGUUUAUUUAGUAUCCACAGGAAAGUUUUCGAGCGCAAAAAAAACUUUAAUGAAACUGAAAAAUUUGGAUUCGAAAUCGGCUGAGAAAGAUUUAAUGCAAUUAACUAGAAUUACAGAGGAAGAAAAUUCAAAUAAAAGUAUGUUUAAAAAUAUUUUCGGAACACCAUCACUACGUAAGGGAAUAUUAAUUUGUUUAAGUUUAUGUUCUCUUCAGCACUUAUCAGGCAUAUUUCCGAUCACGGCUUUCAUUGGACCUAUUUUUGACGCAGCAGGGAGCAAAAUUUCUACCAACCUUUCUGUAAUUUUUGUUUCAGUAAUACAGCUUAUCUCUAGCAUACUUUCCUCACUUCUUAUUGAAAGAGUUGGAAGAAAGCCGUUGCUAUUAUUGUCAACAUUCGGAACUUCUGUAACACUUUUAUUCCUCGGUGUAUAUUUUUAUCUAAAGGAAAUGGAAUCUCCGUAUACACAGGGUCUUUUUUGGUUACCUGUCACGUCUCUUACUGCCUACAUGAUUGCUUUUAGCAUUGGUCUUACUAACGUACCUCUGACAAUAGUAAGUGAGGUAUUUCCAUCCAAUGUUAGAUCAAUUGCUUCAUCAUUCGUCGCCUUCUUUGGAGCUUUUACUGGCUUCACAGUUACCUUCAUCUUUCCACUAGUUAUGACAUUUUUAGGUGGUGCAAAAUGUUUUUGGUUAUUUGCGGGAGUGACCAUUCUAGGGACCAUAUUUAUUUAUUUUGUAAUUCCUGAAACCAAAGGCAAGUCUCUAGCGGAAAUACAAGCAAUUCUAAGCAAAAGUCGAAAAUAAACUUGUAUCAUGUGUUUUACUAAACAAUACAUCUAAAUAAAAAAUUUGUUUCUGUAUAUCUACCUAAUUUAUUAUUAGUAUCUAAUUACUAAUAAAGUAUAACUUAAUACAAUCAGUCUUGUUCUGGUGUACAACUUUGCUCCUGUGAUACGGCACAAUUAAGGGAAAAAAGGGUCUUUAAACAUGAUUGUGGAAACUCUUAAUUUUUUAUAUAUAACGCGAUAAAUUAAAUAUAUAUAUACACCUGUGUGUGUUUUUCUGGGAUGGUAUGCAGCUUUAGUUUACGAUUGUCCACAAAUGUAUGUACCAUAUUUUUUUACCUCCAGAGGCCUAGUUCCGAGGAUGACUUUAGUAAUUUUAAGUUUCAUUUCAAUUAAAUCCGUUCAUUAUUUUAUAAU